AUGCUUGACGAGAACCUCCCCACCUUUUUCUUCAAAGCAUCAACCGAUACUCCUCUCUCAACGCCCAUCUUCCUCCGACAAGAUGGCUCCGACCUCCAACCCGAAUACUUAUUCCGCCGACCUGAUAGCAAUCUGCCAGCCUCGAAAAACUGCUACGCAGUAGCCCUAUACGAUUCUUGUAACCCUGAAGUCCUCUAUGCAGAAGUACUAGUCCAACCCGAAUGGACCCAACCUACUCUUUCCCAGGCCGAAAUUCGUGCUCAAAAUGGCAUUCCUCCUCCUCCCGUACCAAUCGUCCCACAGAGUUUCACGGUCCAGUUAUACAAUCCUGAUCAGCAAGUCUUGGUGAAACAGAUACCCGGUUCGUGGAAUAGUUCGGCGUAUUGGGAAUUUGAGAUGCCUCAGAUUAGUUUUCGUGCUCCUUCUGCCUCGGCUCUUGAUAGAAGUCAGAGUGAUCCCGCAAUGUCUGAUUUUACACCCAAGGUUGGGUUCAAGUGGAAGAGAGAUGGGAAGUUUUCUAAAGAUUUAUCUUGUUUCCUGGUCGGGCAAACUACAGAGGGUAAAAGAAGUAAAGAGCCAGAUAUACCAAUUGCCAUGUUUAAAGGGGGGAAAGAUCUCACCAUCUAUCAACCCAAUAUGCAUCGAGUUGAAGUUGAAGAUUUCAAGGGUUUAGAAGUAGUACUUUUAUUAUCGGCCCCAGUUAUCAAGGAUAUAUUCUUCAAUCCCACGCGCGAAAUGUUUAAUAUAAGUUCACCGAAUACUAAUCCAGGCCCCUCCCGAAAACGCAAUAAUAGCGGCCCUGUCAUCCGCGAAAAUAGUAGAACGGCUAUCUCCCCCAUCAUGGCCGGAGGUCUCAUAACUAAUCCCCCACCUCGCCGUACCUCAUACCCUCUCCCACCAGGACCAUCUCACCACCCCUCACCAGUAAACCCGCGCACACAAUGGGAAAUCGACACCGAAACCGCGCGUUUAAAAGCGCUAGUCGAAGCCGAAGAACGCGAACGCCAACAUCUUGAAUUAAUAGAAGAACAACGGAUCAAGAAAAUGUUAGAAGAAGAAGAAAAAGAACAGAGGAGAAGAGACGCCGAAAUCGCUAAAGAAACAGAUCGUUUGAGAAAACAAUAUGGUGUUACUCCUGUUAAUGGAUCUGCCGUGCCCGGAAACUCAAUACGGAGAAUUCAGUUUGCCCCGCAGCAGGUGCCGCUGAGACCGGCUAUUACUACUGCGUCUUCUAGUGCGUUGUCGCCGUCGAGAACGAGACCCUUGAGUAUGGGUCCGUCAAAUUUUUCUUUGUCGAGUGGUUGGUUUGGGGGGGCGUCUUCGUCGCAGCAGCAGCAGAGGCAGGGUCAGGGUCAGGGGCAAGGGCAAAGUCCGUAUUUGCAAGCGCCUGGUAAUGGGGCGGCGAGUUCGAGUGGAUUUUUUGGGGGUAAGAAAAUGCAGAAGAAGAGGAAUGAUGAUGAAGAUGAAGAUGGAGGGAAUAAGAAAGGAAUAAGAGGAUGA